AUGCGCUUCUCACUCCCAUCCCUGGCCCUCGUCGCCGCCGCAACCGCCAUCCCAACAUCAUCACCACCAUCAACCCGCGACCUCUCCCACAACGACUUCUCCUGCAAAUCCUCCCGCAACCCGGUCGUCCUCCUCCACGGCCUCGGCGCAACUUACUACGAAGACCUCAACUUCCUCGAAACCUGGCUCAAAACCAAAGGCUUCUGCACCUUCUCCCUCACCUACGGCGACUACCCCAACUUCCCCCUCGUCGGCGGUCUCCAGCCCAUCGCCCAAUCAUCCCAAGAAAUCGCCGCCUUUGUCAAAGACGUCCAGCAAAAGACGGGCUCUCCCAAAGUCGACCUGGUAGGCCACUCCGAGGGCGCAUUCCAGUCCCUCUACACGACCAAGUUCGGCGGCAUUUCGUCCAUCAUUGACACCAUUGUUGCGAUUGCGCCGCCUACACAUGGGACUUCCUUCGGGGGACUGUACAAGCUCGCGCAGCUUUUGGGCAUAGACAACGGCGUCAACGACAUUUUGAAGACGUUUGGGUGCAAGGCGUGCGCGGACUUGGUUACCGGUGGUGCGGCGAUCCAGAAAUUGAAUGAUGGGCAGCCGAUUGUGCAGCAGGGCACGACGGUGACGGUCAUUGCGAGCAAGUAUGAUGAGUUGGUUACGCCGACCAAGACGUCGUUUAUUGAUGAGGAGGGCGUGAAUAAUAUCUACGUGCAGGAUUAUUGUCCGUUGGAUCCGGUGGGACAUAUUGGCGAGGCGUAUGAUUUGAAUGUGUGGAAUUUGGUGUUGAAUUCGUUGGAGAAGAAGGUUGGGAGGAAGUUUUUCUGUCUGUUGGGAUCACCGGGGAAGUAG